UCCGGUCCUCAAAUCAACAAGGAAGUUCAUCCAAUAAAUGAGAAACGACAUCUUCUCUGUUUCCUCACCUCAAACCCGGUAGACAGUGUAUUUCCCCCCCACAGGAAGGUCGCCGUUCACCUGUCGGUAUGGCAAUGUCAACGUUUCAGAAGGUGACCCUCGCGACGUGUCUCGUGCUGUGCGUCGCUCUGCUGCUGCCCAAAAUGCUGUUAUCCCGCGGGAAGAAGGAUGCUGGCGAGCGGCCGGAGGGCUCAGGUCGCUUCCCUCCAUUGAUGCGCAGUCAGGCGGUCCCGGAGGGGCGAGGCCAGAAGGCUGCAGGCUCCGGCUUCUCCAGAGCCCACAACUCUGAGGCCAUAGCCAGGGCCAAGGGAGCAGGAACAGGGGCAGGGGCCGGGGGCAAAUCCAACCUGGCGGGACAGAUCAUCCCCGUGUACGGCUUCGGGAUCUUACUCUACAUCCUCUACAUACUGUUUAAGAUCACAUCUAAGGGCAACAACAAGCCAGUCGAGAGCAGGUUUCCUUCAGUCCGGUCAGAGAACAAAAAGAGAAAGAUCACUGACUUUGAGUUGGCUCAGCUGCAGGACAAACUGAGGGAAACAGAGAUGGUGAUGGAGAAUAUUGUUUCCAACGCCCACCACAGUCCUGGCAGGGUGAAGGGGGUGACAGCGGAUCAGGAGGAGAGUCUCCUGCAGCAGCUGACGGAGAUCACCCGGGUGAUGCAGGAGGGCCAGCUGGUGGACAACAUGGCACCAGAGAAGAAGACCCAGGAGGACUGGGAAGUUUCUGCAGAUUACCCUGCGGAGCCUCAGCAGCCGUGGGAACAUUCCCCCUGCUGCUGUCAGCACAGUCAGCAAGACCCCAGUCCCCGGACGGAGACGGAGGCCGAGGGGACGCAGGCUGAUGGAGCUGACCUGGAAAACCUUUCAGGUGGACGAGAGGCUGCACAGGGAGUAGAGGGUCUGAAUAAAGAGAGAGGGUCUGGCUUUACAGCAGCAAGUGACGAGGAUGUGGAGCCAGACAGCGUAAACACGAGGGCGGACGUGCGUGAACACAAGGAGGGAGGGUUUCAAAUGGAUCUGGGUGUCCCGGAGGACGACCUGGCUGGAGUCCUGAAGGAGCUGCAGCUCACACUGGAGAUGACCUCCAUGAUGGAGCAGGAGAAGGUGGAGGACCUGACCAGGACGACGGAGACUUCCUGCAGCGCCGUCAGACGGAGGAACAAGAGGAGGAGAGCGAAGAAAGCCUCACACUGACUCCCAACGUGACGCCAUGUGAACUCAAGCCUGGGCUUCUUUUAAAUCUGUUCUCAGCAGACGGGGGGCUUCGCCAGCCUUCUUCAUCUUUACUUGAAGUAAAAUAAGUGAGAAAAUGGGUGUGCAGGGCAGUUUUAUAUCAAUGUCAUCCACGGGCUAGAACAGUGUAGUUUAUAGUGGUGUGCAAAAACAUAGAUUCACAUUGGUAUCGCGAUUCAAGCUCUGCAGAUUCAAACUUCAUUUAGAUUUGUUUUUGUUUUUGUUUUUUAAUGGCAUGUAUACUAUCACAUGAUAAAAAUUACCAGUUUUUUAUUUUAAAGAUAAUUUUUUGCCUUUAUUUUUGACAGGACAGAUGAAGACA